AUGUGGCAAGGGCUUCUGCCAGUCCCGCACGCUAGCAGUCCACAAGAUCCUGCACAUGGAGGAGUCCCCGCACAAGUGUCCCGUGUGCAGCAGGUCCUUCAACCAGCGUUCCAACCUGAAAACCCACCUGCUGACCCACACGGACAUCAAGCCCUACAACUGCUCGGCGUGCGGAAAGGUGUUCAGGCGGAACUGCGACCUGCGCAGGCACAGUCUGACCCACAACCUGGGCACAAGUGGAUCGUCGCCAGGAGGAAGUGGGACAAGCAGUGCGGGGGGACAGGGGUUUAG